CCAGUUACAGACCAGUUACAUCAACCUGACUAUAGAGAAAUGCCAGUUACAGAAGGAGAGGACAUUCUGUGAUUUGACCAAAGGGAAGUGUUUUGUCUCCGGCAUUCUUUAUUUCAUGUCUAAUGAGUACAAGAACUGGACUGAGAGCAGACAGGACUGUAUAAAGAGAGGAGCAGACCUGGUGAUCAUAAACAGCAGAGAGGAACAGGAGUUCAUCAUUAAACAGGUGAAUGGCAAAAUUCAGGCUUGGAUUGGUCUGAGUGACAGAGAGACAGAGGGAGAGUGGAAAUGGGUGGACGGUACACCACUGACUACAGAGUUCUGGGCUUCAGGGGAACCGAAUAAUGGAGGUGGUGAUGAGAACUGUGUUGAGUUUUAUAGUGGUGACACUGGGAACUUCUGGAAUGACCUUAAAUGCUUUACUAAACUAAAGUGGAUCUGUGAGAAACAUCUUCCACAGUGA